GCAAGAUGCACGAGGAGACAGUGGGUCUGAUAAAGGGAUGAAACAACUGAGAAACAUCAAGCUAGCGCAGUAGAGCCACUGAGAAACGCUGGCUUUCUCCACUACAGGAAUUCAUAGAGAAAUCCCCCCGUGAACACAGCGAGACACUCAGAUCUAACAAAAAUCGCUAUAAACACAAACGGCAGCUCUGGGCAGCAGACACAACACGCAGAGCUGUCGGAGUGCAACACUUGAGGCAAUUGUCGAAUAGCUUAGCGAUCGUUCUGUCCAAGUUCUUCUCUACUUUGGCUGAUGUGGAACGAUUCAGAGCUGGGUCAUCAUGAUGCCAGUGAACUUUCUGGUCACUCAUUGGUGGACCAACUUAACACCAGCACCAUCAUGUCAGUAAACCCACCAAGCAGCAAUGAUGCCUGCCUCAGCAUCGUCCACAGCCUCAUGUGCCACCGGCAGGGCGGGGAGAACGAGGGCUUUGCUAAGCGCGCCAUCGAGAGUCUGGUGAAGAAGCUAAAGGAGAAGAAGGACGAGCUGGACUCUCUCAUCACUGCCGUCACCACCAAUGGUGUUCAUCCCAGCAAGUGUGUCACCAUCCAGAGGACUCUAGAUGGACGGCUGCAGGUGGCAGGGAGGAAAGGCUUUCCUCAUGUGAUUUAUGCACGGCUGUGGCGCUGGCCUGACCUCCACAAGAAUGAACUAAAGCAUGUCAAAUUCUGCCAGUAUGCUUUUGACCUCAAGUAUGACAGUGUGUGUGUCAACCCCUACCAUUAUGAGAGGGUGGUGUCACCAGGCAUCGUUGGUCUCAGCCUUCAAAAUACAGCUGCAUCGAGUGGACUAAUCAAAGAAGAAUACAUCCCUGAUUGUAUACAGAUGGACCUUCUGCCUGGUAUGCCUCUGUCCGACCACCAAGCAGCUCCAGACCACUAUAGUCCCCUUCUGCCCCCUUCUGAACCCCAUGGCCCCCCACCUGUUACCAGAUACUCUGACCUGGCUGUGUCACCCAAAGUGCCUGCCUCUGGCUCCAUGCUGCCACUGCAGGGCAGUCAUGGUGAUGGCUGUCUCCAAACUCCAUCUCCACAGGCUCAAGUCAUUCAACAACGACCUCAAAGCCCACCCCAGGUUUCCUCUCAGCAGCAGGCUGCCCAGCAUCCCUCACAGCACACCCACUCACAGCAACCCCCUCUACCUCCCUCUCAUUUGAAUAGACAGAAUGGAUACAGCAGCAAUACACAGUCUCAGACUCAGCCUUCAUUCCACACUGUUUGGACAGGCAGUAGCACGGCCUCCUACACUCCCAUUGGACCCCAGCAGGAAGGGCGCGGUCACCAACAGCCUCCUCUGCAUCUUCCAAACCAUCACUGGUCUCAGCAUCACAGCUCAACCUCUUUCCCUCCUUCAGGGUCCAGUCAUUCAGGACCAGAGUUUUGGUGCUCUGUCUCCUACUUUGAAAUGGACGUUCAGGUGGGGGAGAUGUUCAAGGUGCCUUCCAGCUGCCCAGUAGUGACUGUGGAUGGUUAUGUUGACCCGUCAGGAGGUGAUCGCUUCUGCCUCGGCCAGCUGAGUAAUGUCCAUCGCACAGAUGCAAGUGAGAGAGCCAGGCUACACAUAGGUAAAGGUGUGCAGCUGGAGUGUCGCGGUGAGGGGGAUGUGUGGAUGCGCUGUAUGAGCGACCAUGCUGUGUUUGUGCAGAGCUACUACCUCGAUCGGGAAGCGGGCCGGGCACCAGGUGAUGCUGUGCACAAGAUCUACCCUGGAGCCUACAUCAAGUUGUGUCUUGGUCAGGUAUUCGACCUACGGCAGUGCCACAGACAGAUGCAGCAGCAAGCAGCCACGGCUCAAGCUGCAGCUGCUGCACAGGCAGCCGCUGUCUCAGGAAACAUUCCUGGUCCAGGCAGCGUCGGAGGGAUUGCACCUGCAGUUAGUCUCUCUGCAGCAGCAGGCAUUGGUGUCGAUGACCUGAGGCGACUCUGUAUCUUGCGGCUCAGCUUUGUGAAAGGCUGGGGGCCAGACUACCCCCGUCAGAGCAUCAAACACACUCCCUGCUGGGUGGAGGUCCACCUGCACCGUGCCCUGCAGCUUCUGGAUGAGGUGUUGCACACUAUGCCACUGACUGACCCAGGGCCUGCGAAUUGAGAACCCUCAGCAGUCUGGAUUCUUUGAAUGUGCACACACCAGACACACAUGGUUGCUUCUUUGUUUCUUCUUCAAAAGGAUUUCUCCAGCAAGUCAGUCAGAAACCAUCAACAACCAAUCAUGCUUGUAGCAAUCACUCAUGCUUUUUUAAACGCACAUACACACUGUAACCAAAAGGUCUGUCCAGACACAUAUAUGCUGAUGUCUUUGGGAUUUUCCUAAUGCUUUAGUCCUAAGAAUCUAAAGUCAAGGCAGGCGAAUGAUGCUCAGAUUCUUAGACAUUUGAACCCACCAGUAGAGAAAUCCAGGGAUUUGUUUCAGAUAUUCAAUUCUCCGAUAUGCAAGUUGGAUUUCUUCUUGUAGGAGUGUUCUGCACAUUCACUCAUGGAAUAUAAACAGAUGUUUAAAAAUCCAGUCUGGAGUCAAAAGCACCUCAGACAGGAAACUGCAUACCUCUGGAAAAUGCUGUCAGUGAAUCUACACUGAACACAUUACACUUCUCUUUAUGUCUCAUUGACGUCAGAGCUGAUGUAGAAGUAUGGAUUAAGGAGCUGGUGUUAUUCCAUCUGCGUACUUGUACUCUGCUCUUCACUCUACAUUGGUUUAUAUUAUUACUAUAUUAUUUUUGUACCAAAAGACAAAAAAGCCCAAAACAUUUAGCUUUAACGCCGUGUUGUUGUACUUUGUAAUGAAACAGUGCUACUCUGUAUGUAACCAAAUGGUUGAUAUAACUCAUGAAAGCCAGAUUACCUCAUAAGUACAGUGCAGAGUCACAGCGUCAGUGACAGGCUGAAGUCAGUCUGUGACUCGGUACCAAAACUAACAGAAGGUCCGCCGAUCGGAUCCUGACGACAACGUUUAGUUUCACAGCAGAGUGAACUCAUAAGAGAGCAACUAACUUCUCACACACAGAGACAGAAACCCAGACAGAGUGUUUGUAUGGUCAGACCUAGCAUCUAGCACCAGUCUGUACAUUUGACACCAGUGCCUUUCUGUUCUCUGAGUGACCGCAGCAGUUUACUUGAACUCUGGCUGGUUGUGUGCACGAGUUCUGGUUGGGAAGCUGAUUUAAAUAAUUCUGCCCAGUCUGGGUCGUAGUCGAAGCGAUGACUAAAGGCUACAUUCGCCCAUUUACACAUAUAUUAUUAUAGCACUUUAUCACACCAGUGGAUCCGUCAGAGCAGUUUAGGGUUAAAUGUCUCGCCGAGGACACUUUGGCACGUAGACCGAUAAACCUGAAGCACUGACCCGAUCAGUAGACAAUCUGCUCGACCUCCUGAGCCAUAAAGUGUAAAGAUCUCCUCAUAAAUCAGAAGAUUGAAUAUUUAAAUGAAAUAAUUGAACUCAGUGCUUGUAGUAAACUAUCAAAGAAAUAUAAUAAUAAUAAUAAUAUAAUGGGCACAUCUGGCUGUCUCGUGUAAAACCCUUUCCGCUGAUGCAUUAUCAUUUCUCUUGUAAUCUUCAGCUCAACAUGAGUGCAUUUCAUGCAGGUGGAGGUGUGAUGGAUUUUUCCCUGAUUUCCCUUAAAUAUAUGGAAACCGUCACCUCGGUGAGAGGAGUGUCUGACUCUCACAUCAACAUGACUCGAGCACCCAAACAGUAUAGCACACACCCAAAUACACACCCUGUGCCUUUGUUUUCUGUCCUCCAAAACACAUGUUACAUAAAAAGAGUCCUGAAACCAUACAGAUGUGUAGUUUAAAGGCAAAGGUCAGCACCCCACUUGUACUGUAUGUAUGAGUGUAGCUGGAUCUACCACAGAGUUCAAAUACACUGCACACAACACAGCCUCACAUACAAAGGCGCGUUUGUACCAUGUAGAGAUAAAUCUGCUUUCUUGUGACUUGACAAAAAUAAUUCUGGAGAAAACUGAACUAUAUUAUACGGGAAUGUUGUGUGUUGCUCUAGAUCUAAAUGUGAAUACAUGUACCAACCAGUCUGUGUAGAGAUGCUUGGACACUGUGGAAUCUGCCUGAUUCAGCUGCUUUACAGUGAUCAGCCAUUAACAUAUGAAUAUUUGUGAUGUGUGCCUUUUGUUGUAACAGUAGAUGCACCGACACUGGAUA